CCUGGAUUCCCCCAUUGCAGGGGGGUUGGACUAGAUGACCCUGGCGGACCCUUCCAAAUAUAAGAUCUGCAUAUAGGAUUGUGGCUUCAGUCUGCCCAAACCAGAACAACAGAGCGCACCCCUUUAAUGCACAACCCCCUCUGUCCGAGGUACUAUAAACAAAGCGGGAAAAAGCUCGGCUGGAAAAACAGCGGAAAAAAUUCUUCCACAUGCUUAUGCGAGUCCAUGCAUGCAAAAAUCCAGCGGCGUCCCGGCUGGCUCCCUCGGCGGCGCAAGACUGCGCGCCCGCGCAACCCGGUGAGGCGAAGCGUUCCAGAAAAAGGAGAGCGAGCGAGAGAGCAAGAGCCAGAAGGCUGCGACGGUCUCGCGCCUUCCUCGACUCACCUGAGCUGAGGCGCGCCAGUUCAGUACAUAGGUGGCUUCUGAAAUCCUAUUGAACUUUGCUGAAUUCAUUUCAUAUGGUGCCAUUCCAGAAAUAAAAGACCUCUGAGAAAGAAGUAGAGAGAAUGUGAAGAUUUCCAACUGAAUGUUCAUUCAAAGAAUUAGGUUUCUGAAGAUGGGUUACCUGAACCAAGAAAGUGGAGACCAUUGAUGUAUAGGAAAUGCACAGACCCCAUUUGGUUGAUGAUAUUCUUUCUCUUUUGGUCAGGUUUGAUGUUUAUAACUGGCUACGCUAUAACAGCUGGAGCUGCAGAAAGACUUGUGUUUGGAUAUGACAGCUAUGGAAACAUAUGUGGUCGGAAGAACACUCCUGUGGCCGGUGCACCAUUGUCGGGACAAGAUAUGACGGAUAAAAAAUUUGUUUUCUUUUUGAAUUCAUGUGAUUUGGAAAUAAAAAAUCUCAAAAUUAAUUCAACUGCAUUGUGUGUAUCGAGUUGUCCGCAGGAGCAGCUUUCUUCCUUGGAAGAAAUUCAAUUUUUUGCAAAGAAUAACGGUUCUUGCCUCUGUGUUUACAAUUUGAAUGUUACCAGUUGUACAUAUAGUUUCAAAACUGCUGAGCUUUGUCCUGCCUUACCAGUUCCGCCAAGUGUGUCUUUCCCAUUAUUUAAUCGAUGUGUUCCACGAAAUGCUAAGUGCUAUUCCCAGUUUGCUUCUGUACUGAUAAAUGUGGUUAAUGAAGUGGAUAUUUUUCAUCGGAUUCUGGGUGGGAUUAUGGCAGGAAGAGAUACAGUCAUAGGAUUGUGCUUCCUUGCACUAGCAUUCUCUAUAAUAAUCAUGUUAGCCUUCAGAUUCAUCAGCGUGCUUGUGAUCCAUAUUUUUCUUACACUACUUAUAUUUGGAUUAUUAUUUGUUUCAGGAAUCAUGUGGUGGCUGUAUUAUAAUUACACCAAUGAGCCCAGCAUAGAAUUGGAAACAGAAAAGGAAAACAUGAAAUUAUUGUUUGGAUUUGCUAUUUUAUCUGCAAUCAUUACGAUUAUUCUCAUUCUCCUGAUACUGAUAUUAAGGAAGAGAAUUCACCAAACUAUACAGCUCUUUCAUGUUGCCAAUAAAAUUAUUGGCAACGUCCCUUCUUUGUUCUGCCAGCCUCUUUGGACUUUUACAAUACUUCUUUUCUUCUGGGUGUACUGGGUGGCUGUGUUACUUAGCUUAGGCACUGCAGGCAAUGCCCAGGUUGUUUCAAGAGGUCAAGUGGAAUACAAUAUUCGGUUUGGCAUUCGAUACAUGUGGUGGUACCACUUAGUUGGGCUUAUCUGGACAAGUGAAUUCAUUCUAGCAUGUCAGCAGAUGACUGUGGCUGGGGCAGUGGUUUCUUACUUCUUCAACCGAAAUAAAAGUAAACCACCAAGUCAUCCAGUCCUGUCUUCCAUAUCAAUUCUUUUUUGUUAUCAUCUGGGAACAGUUGUGAAAGGGUCCUUUUUGAUCACAAUAGUGAGAGUCCCAAGGAUUAUUCUAUUGUCAAUUUAUAGCAUCCUGGAAAAAAAGAAGAAUACAUGUGCAAGAUGCAUAUUCAAAUGCUGCUGCUGCUGUUUCUGGUGCCUAGAAAGAGGCCUAAGAUGCUUAAACCAGAAUGCAUACACAGCAACAGCCAUAAAUGGGACAUACUUUUGGACCUCAGCAGAAGAUGCUGCUGUUAUUUUAUCAAAAAGUUCAGCUAAUGCCACAGCAAUCAGCUGCUUCAGUGACUUUGUUAUAUUUCUAGGAAAGGUGUUUGUGAUAUGUUUCACAGUUUUUGGAGGUUUGAUGGCAUUUAACUACAACCGUGAAUUACACGUUUGGGUAGUUCCACUGCUGCUGGUUGCUUUUUUGGCUUAUCUCAUCGCCCACAACUUCUUAUCAGUAUUUCAGACAAUAGUGGAUGCCCUAUUGCUUUGCUUUGCUGUUGACAGAGAAACAAAUGAUGGAUCUGCAGAGAAGCCUUACUUCAUGGACCAAGAAUUAAUGAACUUUUUGGAUCAGAGCAGCAAGUUUGCAGAGAACACACACGGAAAUAAAAAUAUCCUUCAUAACAAGGAAUAUGGCACAGAACUUCAGCCUAUGGCCAGAACUUGAGAUGGUUCUAAAAGUACACAGCAAAAUUCAGAUAAAAGUGAAGGUUACGAAUAUUUUGAGAUAAAUUAUCUCCUAAAUCAGUUUGUACCUCUUGCACUGGAAGAGAUGAUCAACUCACUCUAACUCUGUGAAAAACUAAAAAAAUCAUUAUGGUAUGGUUUUAUUGAAAUAGUAUUUAAAGAUGUUUUAUACUAAUUAUCAAAUCUGUAAGUUUUUUGCACUUCGACAUGAUAAAACUGUCUUUUUGGUAUAAAGCCCCUUAAGAAAGCACCAUGAAAUUGAUUCAGCAACUUUUAUAUAAAAGUAACUCACAAUUUACGUGCAUUUAAUUUGUGUGCAUUCAGUUUUAUGCACUUGGCAAAAAAACUGUAGAAAAAAAUUAAAUGGGGUUGGUGUCUGAGGAAAAGACUUUGGCAAUCCCACCUGCCAUUGAACCCAAUGUGUUUUUAUUACACUUGAUUUUGGCUUUGCAUCCUAUCCCUGGAAUGUAGGCACAGCGUAAGUUGGGAGUCACCUGUAUACAAUGCAGCCUGGAUAACAUCUAAACUGUGAAUAAUCAUGUCAUAGAUUAAGAAGCAGUGCUAGUUAGAGGGUCCCCUAUGGUAAGGAGUACGUUGUGGAAUCAUGUUAUCUAGGAAUUUUUGGUAAUGUUCAUAUGAUUAGGUUCCUUCCAUUGCAGUCCUUUAUGGAGAACAUUGUGCAUGUCCUAAAUUAACAAAACCAUUGAUGUCCUGAAGAACAAUUGUAUCCUGCAAAGGAGAAUCAGUGAUCAGUCAAGAAGGCAAGUCUUUAACAACAAAGACCAAGAGGUUGGGAAUAUGUGCUGUAUGCAUUCCUUUUAUUUUGGCAUCCUUCAAGGGACAAAGCCUCAUUAAAUUAGACAUAUCUAUAGGCGCUAUCUGGGUAAGUAAUUGUACUAUUUCUAUACAAGAGUAUUUUAUGAUAAACUUAUGUCCCAUUACAUCAAAUGAUGAUCCCAAACUACUAGUAGUCUGUUUGCUAAAAGAGUAGUCAUUUUCUUUGUGUGCAGAGGGCAAGAUGCAGCCUGACCCUCUACUGGUUUGCAUAUUAAGUUAUGUGGCACACAACUCAGACAAGCCCUUAUUUCCCAAAGAACAUCUGCAUAACAGGCCUUUUCCCCCUUUCUGAGCAAAACCACCUCUUUAAAGUCUCAAAA